AAGGAUAGAGGCGAUUUGUCAUUUAUAUGUGUCUAUGCUGUCUAACCUAGUUUAUUAAAUAAAUUGUCAAUUUUCUUUUAAAUAAUGGAAUCACAAUAAAAUAGAGAUUUAUGAUUCAUCAUAGAGGCAUCAACAAUGGACUGUUUGCUUGCAUACUAUAAUGAAAAAUUCACAAAAAUAGAUGGAAAUAUCUUCGAAGUUUUCGCAAAGUUUUACAAUCUUGAUCUAACUCCUGUGCACUCUUGGCUAGAGAAUCAAUUUAAAAACAAGGUUGUGAAAGAUGAUGGACUUUCAUUAUUUUACAGGAAAGAAGGGAACAAGUGCUAUGCCCAAAAAAAUUUGCUCAAAAGUUUGGAGUUUUACACAAAGAGUUUGUGUACUGCCACGCCUGGAAGUAGGGAGUAUGGCCUUGCUUUGGCCAACAGAUCAGCUGUUACUUUUGAAAUGAAAGAAUAUGAGAACUGUUUGAAAGAUAUCGAUCUGUGUUUUAACACAGAUUAUCCAGUUGAUCUUAUACCAAAAAUUUACUUUAGAAAAGCAGAUUGUUACUAUGAAUCUGGACGAAAGGACGAUUUCGACAAAUGUAUUGAAGAAAUUCAAAGAUUUCUCUCUAUAACUUUAGUAGACGACAGAGAUAAGCAUUUGGAAAAAUUAGAACAAAUAAAGAAGUCAAAGAUAAAAUGUAACAACGUAGAAGUACAAAGAGAUAAUUUCAAUGAUCUUCCAGAAUUUAGCGAAGGAGAAAACAGCAGUUUUGCCUAUGCUUCUUCAAAAAUUAAAAUGGGGUAUGACAAAACUCGAGGUAGGCACGUAGUAGCAACAAAAAAUAUUAGUAAAGGCGACGUCCUCUUUGUGGAAAAGGCAUUUAUAUUCGCCCCAGUUUUUAAAGAAAAUAAAGAAUUUUAUUCGUUCAAGUGUUACAGUUGCUUGAAAGAUAUCAUCAGCAGUGUUCCAUGUGCUAGUUGUACACUAUGUGUAUAUUGCAACGAAAAAUGUAGGACGACCUCCUGGAAUGAAUGUCACAAAUGGGAAUGCAAAGGUAUGCAAGCUAAUAUUUGGUACGACUUAGGCAUAGCAUUUCCCGCCUUCAAAGCGGUUUUAAAGGGAGUGAAAUCUGGUUUUCGAACUAUCAAAGGUGAUUUUGGAGAAGACUUGAAAAAAUUUGGCGAUAAAACUGAUAAUUAUCCAUAUUUCAAUAGAUUGGUAUCUAAUAUUUAUAAGGGUAAAAAUGCAGCUCCGUAUAUUUUGAUGGCAGCUAUUGUAGUAACAUAUUUAAAGAAGUACACAGAUUUUUUCGUGUGGUUUCUUAAACAAAAAAAUUGUCCUCGAAACGAUCUGAGUGUGCUAGUUCAAUACAUAGGAGGUUUAAUUACCAAACAUAUCGCCCAGCUAUCCUGUAAUUCUAGCAUUAUUGAACAUUGGACUUAUUCGUCCACCGAUUUACUUUUUCCUGAUAUCCUUAUAACGAUUGCUUGUGGAAUGUUUCCGUCUGUUAGUAUUAUGAAUCACUCGUGCCGACCAAAUGUAACGAAUUUUUUUAUCUGUGAUACGAUUGUUGUGAAAGCUUUGGAAGAUAUAAAGGAAAACGAAGAAGUAUUUAAUUGUUACGGUAUUGACUACCGCGGUAUGAACAGGGAGCAAAGGCAAAUUGCUUGUAGAACCCUGUAUCAUUUCGAAUGUAAAUGCUUAAUAUGCAGCGAUCCUUUGAAAGAAGUGGAAAUGCUGGAUAGUUAUCUAUGUCCAAAAUGUAAAGGUUUGAUUCCAGAAUUACAAAAUGCUACAUUUGGUUUUUGCCUCAAUUGUGGUGAGAAGUAUUCUAUAAAACCGUUUAGAAAAAUAAAUAACGAAGCUCAGAAAUACCUUCAAAAUGAUGACAUCAACCAACUUGAACUAUUAAUCAAAUGUUUGAAAAUAAGAGAAAAAAUACUUUAUAAGCACCACAAAGAUUUCGAAGAAGUUUACUAUAGACUUUACAGCUACUAUGUAGAAUCAGGGAAUGCUGAAAAUAUGUUCAAGUAUUUCCAUUUAUGGUUAGAGAAUGAGAAAGCUAGAAGAGGUAAUAAUUCGCGAGGGAUUGGUACAAAACUUUAUGAAGCUGCUUUAGCCAUUUUGCACUGUCUUCAAAAUGGGAACCCUAAGAAUUGUACGAAUUUAAAAGCUUUUCUCCAAAAUGUUGAGCACAUGAUAAGAGAGGCUAAAAUGGUACUAAAUUUGUAUUACCCAGCGUAUAUAACAAAUAGGUUAAGCAGAAAAAUUCAAUUUAUAUCAAACAAAUAAUUUUUUAUAAUAUAUUUUACUAACACAAAAAA